AUGCAAGGCCUCCUCUCUGCUUAUGGUGCCUCCCUCUCACCGACAAUCCUGAUUGGGAGUCUGGUGGGCCUAUGGAUCGUGUACAAUGUGUUUACCGUGCUCCGUGAUCCGUUGAGAUCAGUCCCAGGCCCUUUUCUGGCCAGGUUCACAAGGCUGUGGUAUUUGAGAGAAGUGGCUCGGGGCCAUUUCGAGAAGACGAACAUUGCGCUCCAUAAGAAAUAUGGACCCAUUGUGCGCAUUGCGCCCAACUACUAUUCCAUUGACGAUGCUGAGGCCAUCAAGACCAUCUAUGGUCAUGGCUCAAACUUUGUCAAAGGGAAAUGGUACAUCGCUUCCAACAACCCCAAGAACAAGCAUCCGGAUCUUUUCACCGAUCUCAAUCCUGAAACGCAUGCCGUCAAUAGACGCAAUGUCGCCUCACUGUAUUCGAUGACGAGUUUAGUCGCCAUGGAGCCAAAUGCUGUGGCGUGCGCCGACAUCCUAGUCAGGAAACUCACCGAGUUUGCAGAAUCCCAUACCGCUAUUAAUCUGCAAGUCUGGCUGCAAUAUUACGCUUUUGAUACCAUAGCGCUUAUAACACUCAGCAAAAGAUUUGGCUUCCUCGACACCGGCAAAGAUAACGGUAGCAUGAUCGCCGCCUUGCACUCUUACCUUCUUUACCUCUCCAAAGUAGGCGUGUACCAUGAGUGGCACUAUUUACUCAACUGGAUCUUGUCCCUGUUACCCAAUGGUGGGAUGCACUACAUGGGUUCGUUCAUGCAACAACAAGUUCUGGAAGGCCAGAAGCAGAAGUCCAAGCGCAUUCUGGAGAAAGACGAGUCGAAGCCAACCGACGACUUUCUGACCAAGCUGUUGAGGAUGCACGCCCUGCAGCCGGACAGGUUCCCAAUGGAAUCCGUGUUUUCGACGUGCGGGACGAAUAUUGGUGCCGGGUCGGAUACCACGUCGGUCAGCCUGGCGGGGAUUUUGUAUCAUUUGAUCAAGGCACCUGCCACGUUGGAAAAGCUGCGACACGAGCUCGACCAGGCCAUUGAAGAGCGCGGCUCAAACGACAUUCUUUCCUUCCAAGAAGCUCAGAAACUGCCCUAUCUUCAAGCUGUCAUCAAAGAAGGACUGCGCUGUCAUCCAGCGACUGGUCUACCCAUGGUCCGCGUUGUUCCAAAAGGCGGCGCCAAAAUCGCUGGGAAGUAUUUCCCCGAGAAGAUUGAGGUCGGCGUGAACAGCUGGGUCACACACGCCAACAAGAACAUCUUUGGCCCCGACGCUGAAGAAUUCAGGCCUGAACGAUGGCUCGAGUCUCCAGAGAGAGCUGCAGAGAUGAAUCGGUAUAUCCUCACAUUUGGAGCCGGUUCCCGUACCUGCAUCGGCAAGAACAUCAGCCUUCUCGAAAUCUCCAUCUUGAUCCCCGAACUGGUGAGGAGAUUCGACUUCACCCUUGUGGAUCCAAACAGGCCGCUGGAGAUGGAAAAUGUCUGGUUCGUCAAGCAGAAGAACUUGGACUGUUAUGUGAGUUUGAGGAAGGAGCAUUGA